UUCUAGUAAGUUUCGCGCUGUGCCUAAGAUAAAUAUACCUGCUACAACGGAACUCGCAGCUAGAUAUGAACGUGAAUGGAAUACUAUUCGAAUGGAAGACGAAAAAAACUUUCGAAAUGCAGCAAUUGCAGAUGAAUUAAUUCAGACAAUACUUAAAACAUGUGAAAACCAUUAUGAAGCAUGCGAAUUAGUCAAGUCAGAAUCUAAUCAGUUACCUAAAGUAAAGGAAAUGAUAGAAGAGAUAGCAGUUUCUGCAG